AUGGUGAUGAUGGUGGUGAUGAUGGUUGUAGUGGUGAUGAUGGUGAUGAUGAUGAUGUUCGAUUGUUGCUUUGACGUCAUCGCUCCGAUGCUUCCCCUGCACCACCACCACCACCACCGCCGCCACGGCCACGCCCGGCCCGUCCUGGUGGCGGUCGCCGGCUUCUCGGCGCUGCUGGCGGCCGUGUCCCUGGCCCUGCUCCUCGUGCGCUGGGAGCGGUCGCGCUACGAGCAGGUGGACGGCUUCCUGGCCCGCGGGCUACCGGCCCCGCUGAGACGCCAGUGGCAGCGGGGCGGCCGGCGCCAGGGCCGCGGACGGCCCGCGGAGAUCCACGACUUGUACCGCCGCUGGCUGGAGCGGCGGGCGGCCGGGCGGCGCGGGGGCGAGGCCGCGGAGGCCGCGGAGGCCGCGGAGGCGGUGGUGGCCGCUUUCGGCGACGGAGACGCCGGCCGCUUGCCGGCCGGCACUCGGAUGGCCCGCGGAGUCGCCGGUGGGGAGGCCGAGGGGGCCGAGGGGGCCGAGGGGGCCGAGUGGGAGGGGGCCGAGGGGGCCGAGGGGGCCGAGUGGGAGGGGGCCGAGUGGGAGGGGGCCGAGUGGGAGGGGGCCGAGUGGGAGGGGGCCGAGUGGGAGGGGGCCGAGGGGGAGGGGGCCGAGUGGGAGGGGGCCGAGUGGGAGGGGGCUGAUGGGAGAGCUUUGACGGCAGGGGGUCUGGAGGGUCUGGAGGGGCGAGUGGGGGGCUUGCGGGCGGCAGACGGAGGUCUGCGUGGCGACGGUCGGGGGCAACAACAACAACAACAUCAUCAGCAUCAUCAUCAACAACAACAACAACAUCAUCAGCAUCAUCAACAACAACAUCAUCAGCAGCAGCAACAACAACAACAUCAUCAGCAUCAUCAUCGGCCAGACCGUGGUGUGGACAGCGGCAAUGAGGGCCCCCCGCUAGCACCGCGGCGGCCGCCACGGCCGCCACUGCCCGGCGUGGGCCGCGUGGCCGACCGCUACCUCGUGGAGCCGCGAGCGGCCUGCCGGCCCCCCGGGUCCUCGGCCCCCACCUCCCCCUUCCUCCUCAUCCUCGUGCUGUCCCGGCGCUCCGAGGCCGCGGCCCGCUCGGCCGUGCGGGAGACCUGGGGGCGAUGGCCUCCGCCGGCGGCGGCCCCGUCGCCCGACCCCCGCCACGGGCCCCUGGCCGUGACCGUCGUCUUCCUCCUGGGCUCGGCAAAGGCCGGCGAGGCCGCCGAGGCCGAGGAGGCCAAGGAGGAGGAGGAGGAGGCCCUGAGGGCCGAGUCGCUCCUCCACGGCGACCUCCUGGUGGGCGCCUACGUGGACUCGUACGCCAACCUCACGCUGAAGACGGUGAGCGGCCUCCGCUGGGCGGCGAGGCGCUGCCCCGGGGCCUCCUACGUCAUGAAGACCGACUCGGACGUCUUGGUCAACGUGCCGCUCCUGCUCGACGUUCUCCUCGCGCUCGCCCCCACGACGUGGGCCUGGCCGUGGGCCCGGGCCUGGGCCUGGGCCUGGCCGUGGGCCCGGCCGUGGGCCCGGCCGCCGGUCGGAGCCGCCCCCUUCCGCCGCCGCGUCUACGCGGGCCUCCCCAUGCGGGGCGGCCUCCCGGCCCGCGGGCCCGCGGGCCGCUUCGCCGUGUCGGCCCGCGACUACCCGCCGGGCCGCUACCCCCCGUACUGCUCGGGCUCGGGCUACGUCCUCUCGAGGGACGCGGCCGCGGCCGUCGCCGCCGCGUCCCUCCGCGUGCCGGCCGUGCCGGCCGAGGACGUCUACGUGGGGCUGUGCGCCCGCGCCCUGGGCCUGCGGCCGCUCGAGCCGGCGUCCCUCCGGCUCUUCACCGCGGGGCUCCCGCCGGAGGAGUCCCAGGGCCAGGGCCAGGGCCAGGGCCAGGGCCAGGGCCAGGGCCAGGGCCAGGGCCAGGGCCAGGGCCAGGGCCAGGGCCAGGGCCAGGGCCAGGGCCAGGGCCAGGGCCAGGGCCAGGGCCAGGGCCAGGGCCAGGGCCAGGGCCAGGGCCAGGGCCAGGGCCAGGGCCAGGGCCAGGGCCAGGGCCCGGGCCCGGGCCUGGGCUGCGCCUACGCCCGCGUCCUCACCGCCCACGGCCUCCGGCCCACGCGGCUCAGGGCCGCGUGGGCCGCGGCCGAGGCGGCCCGGGCGGCGCCCGGCCGGCCGUGGCGCUGCGCCGCCGGCGACGCCGCCGCCGCCCUGCGGCUCUGCCCGCCGCUCGCCGCCACGGGGAAACUCCUUGGAGUCGUGGUGGAGUUCUUCCAUUACCAGUAA